UUCUGCAUCUCUACCUUAGGACCCCCUGCAGGGAGAUGUUCAUCAUAAUGGGAUAGAUGCAAAGGUCUGCCCGUUGCCAUGGAUACCAGCACGCGAAAAUUCACAGUGCGGAGAUGGUUUUCUAUCUACCUGAAGAACAAGGCAGCGAGAAACAAGAACAGCACUGGGUUCUGUCAGCUCGAGGAUGACAGCAUACUGAAAGAGAUUGACAUCAGCCACCAUGUUAAGGAGGGCUGUGAGAAAGCCGACCCCUCUCAGUUCCAGCUGCUGAAAGUGCUGGGACAGGGCUCCUAUGGAAAGGUGUUUCUGGUGAGAAAGAUCAGAGGAGUGGACAGAGGACAGCUGUAUGCCAUGAAGGUCCUGAAGAAGGCCACGCUGAAAGUUCGGGAUCGUGUGCGGUCUAAGAUGGAAAGAGACAUUCUGGCAGAAGUGAAUCAUCCAUUUAUAGUAAAACUGCACUAUGCUUUCCAGACAGAAGGGAAGCUCUAUCUGAUCCUAGACUUCCUCCGAGGAGGAGACCUUUUCACUCGUCUGUCAAAGGAGGUAAUGUUUACAGAGGAGGAUGUGAAGUUUUACCUUGCAGAGUUGGCCCUGGCCUUGGACCAUCUACACAGUCUGGGCAUCAUCUACAGGGACCUCAAACCUGAAAAUAUUCUUCUGGAUGAAGAAGGACAUAUUAAGAUAACUGACUUUGGAUUGAGUAAGGAAGCCAUCGACCAUGAUAAAAGAGCAUAUUCCUUCUGUGGAACAAUAGAGUACAUGGCUCCGGAGGUUGUAAACAGGAGAGGCCAUACACAAAGUGCUGACUGGUGGUCAUUUGGGGUGCUCAUGUUUGAGAUGUUGACAGGAUCAUUACCAUUCCAAGGAAAAGAUCGUAAGGAAACAAUGGCACUAAUUCUAAAGGCUAAGCUGGGAAUGCCACAGUUCCUCAGUCCUGAAGUGCAGAGUUUAUUAAGAGCGCUCUUCAAGAGGAACCCUGCUAAUCGACUAGGUGCAGGACCAGACGGAGUGGAAGAAAUAAAAAGACAUCGCUUCUUUGCAUCCAUAGACUGGAAUAAAUUGUACAGGAAGGAAGUGAGGCCUCCUUUCAAACCAACUGUUGGAAGACCCGAGGACACUUUUCAUUUCGACCCUGAGUUCACCUCUAGAACGCCAACUGAUUCUCCAGGCAUCCCUCCCAGUGCAAACACACACCAGUUGUUUCGUGGUUUCAGCUUUGUUGCAACUAAUCAAAAUCAGGAGCCAGGUGUUGCUACAGUAGCGCCUUCUCGUCAGGAGGUGAACAACAUCAACCCCAUGGCACAGCAUCUCCAUAGUGAUGUGGCCUUCAGUGAUGUUUACGAGCUGAAGGAGGAAGUCGGACAGACUGCGACUUCUGUCUGCAGAAGAUGUCUGCACAGAGUCACUGCUGUGGAGUAUUCAGUGAAGAUUAUUGAAAGAGCGAGGAAAGAUCCAUCAGAAGAGAUUGAGAUUCUGUUGAGAUAUGGACAGCAUCCAAAUAUUAUUAGCCUGAAGGAUGUGUUUGACGACGGCCAGUGUGUGUUCCUGGUUCAGGAUUUACUGAGAGGAAGCGAGCUGCUGGACAGAGCUCUGACGGUGCCAGAUUUUACAGAGAGAGAUGCAUCAGACAUCAUCUGCACACUGGCCAAGACUGUGGAAUAUUUGCACUCACUGGGGGUUGUACAUCGAGACCUGAAGCCCAAUAACAUUCGCUAUUCUGAUGACAGUGGACGCCCAGAUUGCAUCAGAAUUUGUGAUUUUGGAUUUGCCAAACAGCUCAGAGCUGAAAAUGGCUUGUUGAUGACGCCCUGUUACACAGCUACGUUCAUGGCUCCCGAGGUUCUAAGGAAGCAGGGUUAUGAUGCAGCCUGUGACAUCUGGAGCCUGGGGAUCCUGCUUUACACCAUGAUAGCUGGUUUCAGCCCUUUUGCCAGCAGUCCUGAGGACUCAGCAGAGGAAAUUCUGGCUCAAAUCGGCAGCGGGAAAUUCAUUAUCACAGGAGGGAACUGGGACCUGGUGUCAGAUGCUGCCAAGGACAUUGUGAUUAAGAUGCUCCAUGUGGACCCUCACCAGCGCCUGACUGCUCCCCAGGUUCUUCGUCACCCGUGGAUCGUAGAGAGAGACCAGCUCUCGGACAGAGCUCUCACCAGACAAGAUGCACUCACUGUCAAGGGGGCACUGUCUGCCACCUACUCCGCUCUGAGACGCUGCGCUCCCGCUCCGGUCCUGGAACCCGUUCAGUCCUCGAGCCUGGCUCAGCGGAGAGGGAUGCGGAAAGUGGGGAGCCCGAGAGUUAGUUCAGACCCUAAAGAGAAGGAGUACCCUCAACAAUGUGACUGA